UUAAAAAUUCAUUUAUUUAUUUAUUUGGUCAUAUUUUGUUUAUUAAUUUAUUUAUCAUAGACGUUAGUGCAAAUACACCUUCAAGAUAAGCCACAACGGCCAUCAUGAAUCGUCAUCGCUGGGCAUUCGGCUUUUAUGGUGUACUUGCUACGUUCGCCUUUCUUAAAAGUGGGGAAGCCAUGACGUCAGAUAAACAAAUCGUCAAUUCAGCAACGCAUCCUUCAACUUUCAACUUCUUCCAUCUGAUGCCUGGGGGGGAUGUGGAGCUGACCGUGGAGUAUGACGUUCUGCUCUCCCUGGAAGAGUACCGCGUGCUGCAUGGGAGCGGGGCAGACAGCACCGGGCGAUUGAACAAGCGGAAAGCAGCGAGACCAAUGCACCCACGAGGGCUUUUCCUCCGUUGGAAGAAGUGCGUUGUUUAUUACGAGAUCGAUCCGAGUUUAGACGCGGGCACAGAGCGGAUUAUCCGAGAAGCAAUGGACGAGUGGGAGAAGUAUACUUGUCUUGUGUUUAAGAUGAACACCAGCAUCACACAUCGUAUACAGUUUAAAGACGGCGACGGCUGCAAGUCAAAAAUUGGCAUGCAGAAGAAACCGCAGCCUUUGUUGUUGGCACGAGGUUGUCGUACAAAAGGAAUUAUAGCACACGAGAUUGGGCAUGCCAUUGGCUUUUUCCAUGAACACAUGCGGCCUGACCGUGAUGAGUUUAUACAUGUUAAUUUUGAUGUGAUUAAAGACCGCUUCAAGCCUGACUUCAAGAAGUACAGCACGAACUACAUUGAAACCCAUGGUACGCCUUACGACUAUACGAGCCUGAUGCAUUACGGUAACGUUAUCCCGGGGUCUAUUCUCACACUGGAUCCGAAAUUCCAAGACCGCAUUGGUCAGAGAGAAGGGCUCAGUUUUCAGGACAUCGCUCUAGCAAACAAGAUGUAUAACUGUUCUAAGAUGUUCUGUAAGGAUCCUGACCAGUGUCCGAAGGGUGGUUUUAAGCUCUCAUUGUCACUCAAAGGAAAAAUGAAAUGCCAGUGCUGGUGUGACUCAGGUGACCUCAAGGAUCCGCUUGUACUGUGUUCCGAAAGAACGAAAGUGCCGCCCUCUCCCAGGCCUGUCAUUCCAUCUAAACCACCACCUACUGUGAGUAAACCAUGUUUCGACCUCCGUCAAGACUGCGCAUAUUUAAAGGAGGAAGGAAAAUGUAUGUCUAGUAUGGAGUUAAUGAUGGACUACUGUGCCAAGACCUGCAAGUUCUGCGGCAAGGGGGAAGGCAUGUGUAUGGAUCACGAAAAAAGCUGCCCGCUAGCAGCGAGCGCAGGUUUGUGCAUCGACCCGGGCUUCAAGCACUACAUAAGGGUCAUGUGUCCUGGCUCCUGCGGCCUGUGUGAGAAGCCUCCAAACCCAUGUCAUAUUCAACAAGAGAUGAUGGGCUCAGACUUUGCUCUUGCUUCACGAAACAGAGCGGGGCGAGCAGGGUACAUGCCCCGCGUCCUAGCCCUCAGCAUGGGUCUGCUAGGACUGGCUCUACUACUGUGAGGACGCUGAGAUCAAGUGGACUUACGUUGGGGGGAAAUGGCAUUGAUUGAUUCAGAAUUAAGACAAGAUUUCUUAACCAGCUUUUCACAGCAUUUUCUUUUUUUUUUAAAUAGUAAAGGGUUUUACGGCGCUCCCAACUGCAUGAGGUCAUAUGAGCACUCAGCAUUUUCUAUUCUCUAGCGAGACUACAAACUCGAUUGGCAUGUCCAUUUUUUCUCCUACAUAUAUAAAAGUGAAAAAAGACUUUUCCUGAGGAAGCUCAUUAAAAUUAAAUUAUAAGGUGUAUUCCAAAGUUGUUUGGAUCUGUCUAGCUGUCCAUAUUCUAUCAUUCAACCAUAGAAAGUAUGAUCAAUUUCUGUGUGAUAGCGUGAGUUGGAAACACAAAACAUCAAAAUAAAAUAAAA